CCCACCCUGCACACAAAAGCACUGUAAUUAACCAUCUUAAGGAAGCCGAGCCUCUACCAGCUGCGAGCUGGAAAGAAGAAAAUACCUUAGAGGCACGAGCUGCGAUGAUGACAGGGGACGCAGCCGCCGCCGAGCGAGGGGGAGCCGACUGUUAGCUGCAAGCCGCUCCCACCCCUGGACAAAAGCGCCCCUCUGCGCCGGCCACAUUGCUCUGGGUGACCUUGCUUGGAUGCAAAGUCCGCCCCUGCGCGCAUCUUCCUUGGUUACUCUGAAGGCCCGGGGACCGCACUCGGAAGACCAGGGAUGCCGGGCGGCACCCGCGCUGGGCUCGCCUUUGUCUGAGCAUAACCAGGAGAGGCCGCGGAGGUAGCCGGCAUUCACCGCCGAGAAAUCAUCCCGCUUCAAGCUAGUGCCUCUUGCCGGCUCCCAUGGGGACCACAGAAGCCACACUCCGGAUGGAAAACGUGGAUGUGAAGGAAGAAUGGCAGGAUGAAGGUCUUCCCAGGCCACUCCCGGAAGAGACUGGGAUGGACUCGCUUGGCAGCCCCGCAGAAGAUAUGUCUUCCCCUCCCAACACGUUGAACUUCAAUGGAGCUCACCGUAAACGAAAGACACUGGUUGCCCCGGAGAUCAACAUUUCCCUGGAUCAGAGUGAGGGCUCCCUGCUGUCUGACGACUUCUUGGACACACCUGAUGACCUGGACAUCAACGUGGACGACAUCGAGACUCCCGAUGAGACAGACUCUCUGGAGUUCCUGGGAAACGGCAACGAGCUGGAGUGGGAAGAUGACACCCCUGUGGCCGCCGCCAAGAACAUGCCUGGGGACAGUGCGGAUCUAUUUGGGGAUGGUGCAGCCGAGGAUGGCAGUGCCGCCAACGGGCGCCUGUGGCGGACGGUGAUCAUUGGAGAACAAGAACACCGAAUUGACCUGCACAUGAUCCGGCCUUACAUGAGGGUGGUGACCCACGGAGGGUACUACGGCGAAGGUCUCACCGCCAUCAUUGUCUUUGCCGCCUGUUUCCUCCCGGACAGCAGCUCCCCCGACUACCACUACAUCAUGGAGCACCUCUUCCUGUAUGUCAUCAGCAGUUUGGAACUCUUGGUGGCGGAGGAUUACAUGAUUGUGUACCUGAAUGGUGCCACCCCCCGGCGCAGGAUGCCCGGCAUCGGCUGGCUGAAGAAGUGCUACCAGAUGAUUGACAGGAGACUGCGGAAGAACCUGAAGUCCUUAAUCAUCGUCCACCCGUCCUGGUUCAUUCGCACUGUCCUGGCCAUCUCCCGCCCUUUCAUCAGCGUCAAGUUCAUCAACAAGAUCCAGUAUGUGCACAGCUUAGAAGAUCUGGAGCAGCUCAUCCCCAUGGAACACGUGCAGAUCCCAGACUGCGUGCUACAGUACGAAGAGGAAAGGCUCAAGGCCAGAAGAGAAAGUGCGAGGCCGCAGCCGGAGUUCGUCCUGCCAAGGUCAGAAGAGAAGCCCGAGGCGGCACUGGUGGAGGACAGGUCUGCUCCAGUCACAGAAGAUCAGGAAACAAGCAUGUCCUAAAGUGAUGAGAAGAAGUACAGAGAAGAACAUGAAAGAAAAUUCCACAUGCCAAGAAACCUCUGUCAGAUACCCGCUGGCCCUGGAUCUCAUCCCCACCUCAUCCCGAACCCCAGUCUUCGGAGAGUGCCUGUCUUCUCCACCCAUCUCUGAAACCCAGCAUCCUUUUUAGCUGCUUGAAAACAUUUUUUUAAACGAUGCUGUAGUAGUGCAUUCUGGAAAAGGACCCAGUUCUCAGCCCUGCACUCAUGAGCUCACAGCCAAGAAGGGAGAGAAGCACAGGGCGUGGCCUAUGUGUCCUUGGUGGUCUCAGAGGCCCCUCCCACUGCACAAAGUCCUGGUUCAAGACCCUUCUCUUGCUUGUCACCUGACCCAGGUUGGAGCCACAGAUGCCCACUGGCUUCCUGGCUGGGUCUGGAAUUCAUUCUUGUGCCUUUCCUCCCAGAAUGGCCCCCACAACCCUGGACAUCUGGCCGGGAGGCUCGGCCCCCCAGCGGGGCCAUGCCCUGGGCAUCUUCAACCUCAUGGCUUUUCAUUUGACUGGCCCCCUUCAUCUCUUAUGACACCCACCUCCUGUGGGAGCACUGGAGCCCACAGCACAAGUUGAGAGCCGCCACUAAACAUCCUUGCCUCCAGCCCCCCUCAAUCUAGAACUUUCUCAAGCCCCUUGAAUGCGGAUGCCAUGCCACAGGGCAAUCUGAUCAAUACCUCCUACUAAGGGAGUGAGCUGCUCCCACUUUUCUGAUCCCCCCAACGCAGGGUUGGGAUGUGCCCUUCGGGCUCCCACCAAGAGCAGAGACUGAGAAGGCAGCUCUGAAAUAGACUUAUCCUGGAAACACAGACAAGAAAAAAGGAAGAUACAGGGUACUGGGUGUUCAUUUUAGUGUUUCAAAGGUCACCUGGGAAAAUACAUCCCAUAGACUGGAUGCGACAGCCACCUGAGUUCAAAGGAGGCAAAUUUCACUUGAUAAAAGACAGACUUUUCUAAUGUGGCCCAAAUACCAGUCAGGUGGUCUCUAGAAGCAGUGAGUUCCCCGUCUCCAGAGGUAUUUAAGAAAAGGCUGGAUGGUGCUUGCAGAAAGUGGUCUCUGUAUCCCCUCCAAUCCUAAGAGUUUCUAUUUCUAUGAAAUGAACAAAAGUUGAGUGGGUACAUUCUUCAGGCCUCUCUUGCUGGCUCUGUGGCUGGCUUCUUCGCAAGGUUCAGUUGACCCACGCUUCAAUGUGCAAGUAUGAGGUUCUUGGCCUCAGCGGAAAUGUCAAAUGAUUCUUGAUCUGGGACGGCAAGGGAGUGCAUUUGGCGCUAUCCCAACAACAGGAGGCAGCCAGGGUGUUCAGUGCUGAGAAAAGGGAUGCCCGUCGCUUUACCGAAUGAGAGCGGGUCCUGCACCUGGAGAGAACGCCCCAGCCCCCGCGGCUCCCACCUUGAAACAUGCCAGGCUUCUGAGUGGCUUUGGACCGGCAUCUUCUGGGACUCAGCACUGCCCGUGAGGCCUGGACUUUUGGAGGCCUGCUGGGGUGUUUUUUAAUCUGUGGUUCUGGUGUUUCCCAAAUGUCAAAUUAAGGGACAGGGAUCCUGUUCCAGGCCAAGGGGAGUCACCUGGAGCCUGAGGCAGCAGAGAUUGGUGGAUGGGCCUCUCCAGGCUGCCUUCCAAAAGGCCCCUCCAUCCCGGGCCCAAAACUCCAGUCCAGUGCAGGUAGCCGGCGCUGCUCACCUGAGACCAACAUGUGGCCCCAAAUGCCCCCAACUCCUCCCACCCCAGGAAAUGCAAUAGCUUCUGGAAGGCUGGUGCCUCGUUACAAGAAAAAGAGGAACCAGGGAUAGGAACCGAUUCAUUCUAUCCAAUCGGACAAUUACUGAGUGCCUGCAUACAGAGGUGACAGACGAAGCGGCAGACCCCAUCCAGCCCUCAAGGACUCUGAAGACUAAAGAUUCUGGGCGCACAAGAAAUUCCAGCAGGUUCACCGUGGCCCCCCUCCACCCCUCCGGACCACCAGCACCACAGGCAACGGGCAAGCGGAGCCCAGGACCCCAACUCAGCCACAGCAGCCCUUCCAAACAAAGAGAGACCCCUGGGGAGACUGUCUCCAGGCCGGCCACCUGUCACAGGUGUGAGUCGGUCCACUGCAAGUCUCCAUCCAAACGGGGCCAUGGAGUCCAGGACUGCUGCUACCCACACCCUCGGAAAUAGGCUUUGUGAAAGAUUUGAAUCUGGGGGGCAGUUUUGGCCAAAAUGCAAAGGACCCCUAAGUUGGGGUUUUCUCUUGUGACACACGGGGGAGUUAUCAGUCCUGCCCCAAAGUCACAGUUCACGGGCUCAUCCUUCCGACAGCAAGUUUUGCGAUUUUUAUAAGACAAAAACAACUCAUUAUGAUUACUGUUGUGAUGUGAAGACAUCAUUUCCAUAAACUUUGGGGGAUUUUUAUGUGAAAUAAAGUAUAACUGAGAACAGAGGUUUGUUUCUUUUGUCCAUUUUCAAGGGCUGCAGUGCUCGCCAGUCUUGGGCACCGUUCAGAGGAAAGAGCUUUAACGGGACGAGAGGGGGCACAGCUCAAUGUCUUGGGUGACCUUGGGUGACCUUGGGCCAUCACCUGUCUUUUGCUCCCAUCUCCCAUCUGUAGAAUGGGGGCCCCUCUGGGUUAUUCCCAAGGCC